AUGAUCCCUCAAUUGCUGCAGCGCUCAUCGAGGGCAUGUCCUCGGUACAAUCCGGCGCUCUUCCGACUGUCUGCAGCGUCUCAGAGACCGGGUCUUACACAGACCUUCUGGACCUCAGCCCCGCGUCGCGAACAAUCUCGAACACCCACGGACUCGAAAUCCAAGACCGCGACACCAUCAGCCGUGUUUCCCGCUAAGAAGCAACCGACGAAACAAAAUGAUCCUCUUGCGACGACCGAGAAGUCUGCGACAGAGCAGCGCAAGGCCGAUUGGGCUAUCAUGAAGGAGAUGACUCGGUAUUUGUGGCCCAAGGAUGAUUGGGGUACUAAGCUUCGAGUCGGCCUUGCUGUCUCUCUACUAGUUGGCGCAAAAGUUCUCAAUGUUCAGGUUCCCUUCUAUUUCAAAAGUAUUGUUGACUCCAUGAACAUUGACAUUGCUGCUGUUGGAGGUACUGCGACAACGGUUGCUGGAGCCAUGAUCCUAGCAUAUGGCGCAUCUCGAAUUGGCGCAACAGUCUUUCAAGAAUUGAGAAACGCUGUCUUUGCUUCUGUCGCUCAAAACGCCAUUCGAAGAGUUGCCUGCAAUGUCUUUGAUCACCUGUUACGUCUCGACCUCACUUUCCAUCUCUCCAAGCAAACCGGUGGUUUAACCAGAGCUCUGGACCGCGGUACAAAGGGAAUUAGUUUCAUUCUAUCUAGCAUGGUAUUUCACAUUAUGCCAACUGCGCUUGAAAUCAGCAUGGUUUGUGGAAUUCUGACUUACAACUACGGCGCCAAAUUUGCAGCUCUCACUGUUUUGACAAUGGUUAGCUACACGGCAUUUACUAUCUGGACUACUGCCUGGCGAACAAAGUUCCGAAGACAAGCGAACGCAGCGGACAACAAGGCUUCUACUGUGGCUGUAGACUCGCUCAUCAACUACGAGGCUGUCAAGUACUUUAACAAUGAAAAGUUUGAGGUUGCACGAUACGACAAGGCUCUGCAGCAGUAUGAGAAGAACUCUAUCAAGGUUGCGACAUCUCUGGCUUUCUUGAACAGUGGACAAAACAUCAUCUUUUCAUCGGCACUUACAGGAAUGAUGUACCUUGCCGCCAACGGCGUGGCUGAGGGCACUCUGACUGUUGGUGACUUGGUCAUGGUCAACCAGCUUGUUUUCCAGCUUUCAGUUCCUCUCAACUUCCUUGGAUCCGUCUACCGUGAACUCCGACAGUCUCUGCUAGAUAUGGAGACUCUGUUCAACCUUCAGAAGGUCAAUGCCAACAUCAGGGAGAAGACCGGUGCUCCACCUUUGGCUCUUUCCAAGGGUGGUGAAAUCAAGUUUGAGAAUGUCAACUUUGCUUACCAUCCUAACCGCCCUAUUCUCCGUGAUUUAUCCUUGACGAUUCCUGCUGGUAAGAAGGUUGCUAUUGUCGGCCCUAGUGGAUGUGGAAAAUCUACCCUGUUGCGUCUCUUGUUCCGAUCUUACGAUGUCCAGGCUGGUCGAGUCUUGAUUGACGACCAAGAUAUUCGUGAUGUCAACCUCGAGUCUCUUCGUCGUUCUAUUGGUGUGGUUCCCCAGGAUACUCCUCUUUUCAACGACACAGUCGAGCACAACAUCCGAUAUGGUUCCAUCAACGCUACCCAUGAAGAGGUUGUCGCUGUUGCCAAGCGCGCCCACGUUCACAACACCAUUCAAUCAUUCCCCGACGGUUAUGAUACCAAGGUCGGAGAGAGAGGACUCAUGAUCUCGGGUGGAGAGAAGCAGCGUCUUGCCGUUAGCCGUCUCCUGCUCAAGGACCCCCCUCUGCUCUUCUUUGACGAGGCAACCAGUGCCUUGGACACACACACCGAGCAGGCUCUCAUGGUGAACAUCAACAGCAUUCUCCGCGAGAAGGGACGAACGAGUGUUUUCGUCGCUCAUCGUCUACGUACAAUCUUUGAUUCUGAUCUUAUCAUUGUCCUCAAAGAGGGACAGGUGGCAGAGAUGGGCACACACCGGGAGUUGAUCGAUCGUGAUGGCGUUUACGCUGAGUUAUGGAGUGCCCAGGAGACAAUGUUCGGUGAAGAUGGAAAGGAGAAGAACGAGGAAGAGAGCGAAGAGCAGAAGAAGAACUGA